AUGAAUAUUUAUUCAGAGUUCAUUAAAGCUAUUGAGCAAGGCACCAGCUUUGAAGUAGCCGCAGCCAAUCUCAAGCCUAAACUUAUCCACCUUAUUGAGACUACUAAACAAGAAAUUAAUUUAUUAAAGCAGCAAGAAAUUCUGUUGCAGACAGCUUGCAACUACUAUAAUGAUUUAGCUCAGAAUUUUCCAGAUAGAACAGGCUUUUUAAAAAUUUUUGAUAGAAUAGAAUUGUUGGAGCUUGGUUCAUUUUCCUGGCCACACCCUAUUAUCCCUGUAGCAGAAGGCAUCAGCACAAUUCUAAAUGAACACGGAAUUUUUAUGAAAAACUAA